AGGUUACGGAACAAAUACGCUAUCAAGUAUGACCAAAGCCUCGCUAGAUCCACACAGCCACCUUCGACAACCCGAUCCAUAUCAAAUGUUCGGCCCUACCAGUAGUCGUUUAGCGAGUUCAGGUUCAGGUCAAAUCCAGCUCUGGCAAUUCUUACUGGAGCUGCUCAGCGAUUCAACGAACGCCGCGUGCAUCACGUGGGAGGGCACGAACGGCGAAUUCAAGCUGACGGAUCCCGACGAGGUGGCCCGCCGGUGGGGCGAACGAAAAUCGAAACCCAACAUGAAUUAUGAUAAGCUUAGCAGAGCGCUAAGAUACUACUACGACAAAAACAUUAUGACGAAAGUGCACGGGAAACGGUACGCGUACAAGUUCGACUUUCAAGGAUUGGCGGCAGCUACGCAGCCGGCUACCAGCGAUCCGAGCAGCUACAAGUACCAGAGCGACUUUUUCAUGAGCUCGUACCAUCACAGCGCUAAGUUAGGUGGGUUUAUGGGACCACACGCUACUAUACCGAGCUCAGCAGCUUCGAUUUUCCCGUCGCCGGGUUCGUACUGGAACAGUCCUGGUGCCAAUUUGUACUCGAACAUCGCUGCUGGCACCCACUCGAUAAGCCACCACGCGGCGCCCCACCUGGGGGCGCCGCCGCUGAGCAGCUACCCGCACUACGCAUGACCGAAUGGCGCGGGCGCCAGUGCCGUAGAUUGGACCAGGAAAUUGACAAUGUAAAUAAUAAUGUUGUCCCGAGCAAUAGAAACUAUGUAUUAUUAUCUAGUCAAUGUGCAAUUAUUGUAUAUAAUUUUGUAUUUUUAACACACAAACCGGCGGGACUCUGUGAUAAACAUUUUUGCAUUAAUUUUUUUUAAUAUACAGGGUGGCCACGAAUUAUUCAUGGCCACCUUAUACAAUUUGCAAUAAUUUUUUUAUUGUUUUCCUCUUUAAAUUUUAAUGAAAUGUUUCAAUGUAAAUACUAAUUGUAUAUUGAGUCUAAUUUUAGGUAUUUGUCUAUUAAGAAUAUAUCGUAGGACUAUUUGAAGACACUCUUUUUUUGUACUGAGUGCCAAAAAUAAUAGAAAUUAUACUCUAGUCAUAAUAGCCGUACUAAUAAAUGUUAGACAACUAAGGCCAUGUUUAGAAUAGUCAUGGUUAUUAAAAAAAACUUUAAAAAAAAGAAGACAUAUUGUAAGUCUUUUGAAAAAAAAUAAAAAUAAAUGUUAAAACAUAUUAAUAAAUAA